AUGGUCUCCCAACGAGACCGCGAUCUCCUUCGAGAUGACAUCCGGCAACGAGGCUCCAAAUUGAGCAAAGCAGACCGCGAACAUCUACUAAAUAAUUACCUUCCAAAUCCCGCCGAGCUGCCCACCCGAUCCAGAGCCUCAACCGCAACCUCGGAGCGUCGCAAGACGCGCAAGAAGCCCAUUCGGUCGUUCAUCAAGUCCCGGCUACACCAUUUCGUCUAUGCCGUGACGCAUAUCAUCUUUGGAAUCAUCGUGCGCUUGUUGCAGGCCUACCAUGCGGUUGUGGAUCGCGUUUUUGCUAUCGUCUAUCACCACCACCGCACGCCGGAACUUAUUCGCAAGGAUGUCAGAGGGUUGAAGCGCUUGCCGCAGCACCUGAGUACUAUCUUGACACUGCGGAAGGAAGACGAUGCUCUGGCUGUUCUUAUGGAUGAGGUGGCCGAAUUGGCUGCUUGGAGUUCUUGCGCUGGUAUUCCCCAGUUGAGCAUUUACGAAAAGACUGGCGUUCUCAAAUCCUGCCUCCCAGCCCUCCACCAAAUAAUAACCACCAAACUGGCCUCGUACUACGGCACACCCUCCCAACAACCAAGCCUCCAACUCUACGCCCCCCACCACCCCGUCCACGGCAAACCCGCAACCCCAGAUAGCGAAACCGGUUCCUUAACAAUCCUCCUUCUAUCCUCAACAGACGGCCGCGAAACCCUAGUGGACCUGACCAAGACUCUGGCAGAGAUGUCCCAGAACGGCAAGCUCUCGCCGGACGAUAUUACACCCGAACUGGUCGACGCUGAAAUCAGCGAGAUCACCACUCAACCUUUGGCGGCUGAUCCGGCGUUUAGUGAGACUGUCUUGAAGCCUGAGCCGGAUUUGUUGCUUGUUUUUGGACCGUUCCUUAAGCUGGAUGGUUACCCGCCCUGGCAGAUUCGUCUUACUGAGAUGUAUUGUACUGGCAGUCGGAGUCAUGGACUCAAUGGGGAUGGUGAAGCUGUUGAGUAUCAAGGGUAUAUGCGUGGUUUGUGGCACUUUGCUGGUGCGCAGAUGAGAUUUGGUCGGUAG